AUGCUUCCUCUAGGCCGCCGUGUUGAGGACAAGAUCCAGCACCUCAUCGACCAGCAUAUGCAAAGCCUAGGAGCUUCGAGGCUUUCCCUCUCGACCAUCUCCUCGGAAUCACUUUGGGAGAAGAGCGGCCGUCUAAAGAAUGUAGCGUCAGAGCUUUUCCGCUUCGUUGAUCGGAAGGGGUCGCCCUACCUCCUCUCUCCAACACACGAAGAAGAAAUCACGACGCUUGUAUCGCGCGCAGUGAAGUCUUAUAAGCAACUUCCGUUGAGGUUGUAUCAAAUCACUCGGAAAUAUCGAGAUGAAUUCCGUCCCCGUCAUGGCCUCCUCCGCGGCCGGGAAUUCAUCAUGAAGGAUCUCUAUACGUUUGACUCUACGAUACCCUCUGCACUCGAGACGUACGAGCAAAUUCGAGCAGCGUACGUCGAGAUCUUUGCCGCGCUCAAGCUUCCCAUCCUCGUUGCCAAGGCCAGCUCUGGGGACAUGGGUGGCGACUUGAGCCACGAGUACCACCUUCCCACGUCUCUCGGAGAGGAUCACGUUGUCAGCUGCAGUGACUGCGACUACAUCAUCAACGAUGAACUGGCUGAAACUCGCCCUUCAGGCAAGCAUGAAGCGAGUGGCCGGAUCCAUGUUUGGAGAGGCAUUACGAAGGACAGGUCCACGCUUAUUAAUGUGUGGUAUCCGGAGAGUGUCGAGGGUGCUUCAGGCAGCGGCCCAAGAGAGUAUACGGACGCUGACAUCAACAUCUAUACCGUGAAGUCCCUGUUUCCCGACCUGGAUGGCGGCAUUGAGAACCCCCUGCCACAUUGGGUAGAUGUCAUCAGCAGCCGAAAGGAUGACGGCAUACGGCUAGUGAACAUCGUCGACUGUCGCCUGCCGUCAUCCUUCCUCGACAGUAUCAAGAACCAAAGCCCGGGAAUUCCAGUAUGGCCGGAUGGCCUCGGCCAGACGCCACCUCCUUCCAUCUCCACAGUCAUGGACAGCGACAAGGAUGGCGGAACCCUUAACCUGCUAAGAAUCCGGACAGGCGAUAAAUGCCCACAGUGCUCAUCAGGGACACUUAAGGUACAGAAGGCCAUAGAGCUUGGUCACACCUUCCAUCUAGGCACGCGCUACUCCGAGCCAUUAGACGCAAGAGUCUCAAUCCCAUCGAACAUGCUUCCGGAAUCGGGAUCUAGUUCCGGGCCAGCCCAACCAGUUGCGUCGAAAGGGGACGAGGUCGUCAGUGUGCCCAUGCAGAUGGGCUGCCACGGGAUCGGAGUCACUCGCAUCAUCGGCGCAAUAGCCGAUCACCUAGCCGAUGAGAAGGGCCUGAACUGGCCACGGGAGGUUGCACCUUACGAAGUCGUCGUCAUACCAGGAAAGGGCCUGGAUGGCGAUGCUGAAGACGUGUUUGAUGCACUGUCUGCCUACGGAAGACCAGCAGAGCGGGUCCUGGAUGCCAUACUGGAUGACCGCGAUAGCUCGUUCGCAUGGAAGCUGAACGAUGCUGACCUUGUCGGGUACCCGGUUAUUGUCGUCCUCGGCAGGGAAUGGAAGGCCCGUCGACGGUGCGAGGUGCAAUGCCGGAGGUUGGGAGUCAAGGAGCAUGUCGGUAUGGACGAGUUGCCUGUAUUUGUAACCAAUCUCCUCGAUCAACUUUGA